UCCAACCUCCUGCCAUGCCAGUCUCCGGCCCUGGUGCGAGUCUGAGGCGAACGUGAAAUGGCCCUGCGGCCUUCUAUUCUGACCGCCGGCCGCCGCCUCAACACCGCGGCCGUCGCGGCGGCCGUCCGUCGCGGGGACCUCGCCGGCGCCGAGGAGGCCUUUGCGUCGACGCGGGUCAAGACCACGGCCACCUACAACUGCCUCCUCGCGGGGUACGCCAGGGCGCCUGGGGCCGGCCGCUUCGCCGACGCACGCCACCUGUUCGACCGAAUUCCGCACCCGGACGCUGUGUCCUACAACACGCUCCUAUCCUGCCACUUCGCCAACGGCGACGUAGACGGCGCGCGGAGGCUCUUCUCCGAGAUGCCGAUCCGGGACGUCACGUCCUGGAACACCAUGGUGUCCGGGCUGUCCAAGAACGGUGCUCUGGAGGAGGCCAAAGCCGUGUUCCAGGGCAUGCCGGUGAGGAAUGCUGUUUCCUGGAAUGCGAUGGUUGCCGGACUUGCGUGUUCUGGGGACAUGGCCGCGGCGGAGGAGUGGUUCAGGCAUGCGCCGGUGAAGGAGGAUGCCGUUCUCUGGACCGCCAUGGUGUCCGGGUACAUGGAUGAAGGCAAUGUGCAGAAGGCCAUGGAGUUCUUCGAGGCAAUGCCAGUGAGGAACUUGGUUUCAUGGAACGCCAUGGUCUCUGGAUAUGUGAAGAAUUCACGUGCCAGUGAUGCUCUGAGGGUGUUCAAGGCCAUGGUUGACAAUGCCACUGUGCAGCCAAACGCUUCAACGGUAAGUAGUGUGCUUCUUGGGUGUAGUAACCUGUCAGCAGUUGAAUUUGGGAGGCAGAUACACCAGUGGUGUAUGAAGUUGCCACUAAGUAGGAGUGCGACUGUGGGCACGUCACUUGUCAGCAUGUACUGCAAAUGCGGCAACUUGGACGACGCUUGCAAGCUGUUUGAUGAUAUGCACACAAGGGAUGUGGUUGCAUGGAAUGCCAUGAUUUCUGGUUAUGCUCAGCAUGGGUAUGGAGGGAAAGCUAUUAAGUUGUUUGGAAAAAUGAAGGAUGAAGGAGUGCGGCCAGACUGGAUUACUUUUGUGGCUGUAUUGACAGCUUGUAUCCACACCGGAUUGUGUGAUUUUGGAAUGCAGUGCUUUGAAACAAUGGAGGAAGUAUAUGGAAUUGAACCACGGGUUGAUCAUUACUCAUGUAUGGUGGAUCUUCUCUGCCGAGCUGGUCUCCUUGAGAGAGCUGUCAGCAUGAUCCGCUCAAUGCCCUUUGAACCGCAUCGUUCUGCCUAUGGCACCCUGUUGACAGCUUGUAGAGUUUAUAAGAAUUUGGAAUUUGCCGAGUUUGCUGCUGGAAAGCUGAUUGAACAGGAUCCGCAGAAUGCAGGCGCCUAUGUACAAUUGGCAAAUAUUUAUGCUAUAGCAAAUAGGUGGGGUGAUGUCUCAAGAGUUAGGAGAUGGAUGAAAGAUAAUGCGGUUGUGAAAACACCUGGGUAUAGCUGGAUCGAGAUAAAGGGCGUGAGGCAUGAGUUCAGAUCGAAUGACAGAUUGCAUCCUCAGCUUGAUUUGAUUCAUGACAAGUUGGACCGGUUAGAGGAGCUGAUGAAGGCAAUGGGCUACAUUCCGGAUCUUGAUUUCACACUGCAUGAUGUUGAGGAGAGUCUGAAGGCACAAAUGCUGAUGAGGCACAGCGAGAAGCUCGCUAUUGCUUUUGGCCUGAUUAGCAGCCCCCCUGGGAUGAGCUUGAGGAUCUUCAAGAACCUCAGGGUCUGUGGAGAUUGUCAUAAUGCAGCGAAGCUUAUCUCCAGAAUCGAGGCCCGAGAAAUCAUCCUUAGGGAUACUACACGUUUCCACCAUUUUAGAGGUGGUAGCUGCUCUUGCGGAGAUUAUUGGUGAAACAAGUGUAACCAUCGUGGCCGCCAUUUUCAAUAACAAUGUCAGACAUACACUGGUGUCACCAUAGGGCUUGCGACAAUAUCUGAUCCUUUGAACAAGAAAAAAAUAUAUGGAGCGUCAGCGGUCAGCAUGUGAGGUCUGAGCAGUUCACCCUGGUGUUUUUCUUGGUGCUUUUCCUUUGGAGGAGAACUGUGCCCUCCAGGCCGUGAGAUUCAUCAGAACACCUUACCACUGACCGUUGGAGCAUGUUGAAAGAUCAGGGAUAAGAUAUACUGAAAGCCUGAAACAUCUUGGUACUGCGGAGUGGAUGGCCCAGUCCCAGCACUAUCAGCAGUAUUGCAAUUGUGGAUCCUCACAUUUAGUAUGCACCCUGUGUUGUCACCUGCUGAUACUGAACAGAUAUUUGAUGAGCUGUCUUCUCUGCAUUUUUCAACUUGCCAGUACCAAAAUGCCUCAAGCGGUCAAUGCCCAAAUUGUGCCUGGUGAGGCAGGCAGCACCGAGGCCCCCCUCCCAUCUUGCUGCACGAUUUUCAAGCACCAUCGAUGGUGGGAAAGUUGCCUGCCCGGGCCGGUGCAGGUGGAAAAUCCACAAUCCCCUCCCGCUCCCUCCUCCUGUGUUCCCCUCCCACAC